AUGGAGGCGGUUGAGAGCUUUAAGUCCUCCGGGAGCUUCACUGCAGCUGGCGAUGUUGUUGAGGAGGAGAGUGUUUCACAAAUGGUGAAAGCUAGAGUAAAUUUCAAGAACCUGCGAAACCUAUGGCUCCGCCUCUUCGAGUCGAGGAUGCUCAUCGACUUUUUGUAUUUGACCGCCAGUGCCUGUGAAGCAUUGUUCGUAUCUGUUGAGGAACAUCUGGUGAGCAACGACGAGCUUUUCCGUCCCAUAUUGGGUGUGAAUAGCCGUUCUCUGAAAGAAGUAAUCGCUCCACACCGCCUCCGAUUGGUUUAA